AGUGGCGAAGAGGCCCUCGACGCGCUCGUAUGGCUCGUUUGGAAAAGGCGGCGGCGUACAGAAAAUAACCGGCGGCGGCGGCGCUCCUCCUCAGCACGCACAUUUGCGUGAAAGCCUGCACUUUAUCGCCAUCUAUCCCGCAGUCCCGUAACCAUUUUCUUCCAAACAGCCCGAUCGAACCGCACGCAGGCGCCACGAUCCAACGCUCUGCCUUCUUCCAACUGCCAAGAACACGGGCAUGACGUUGGAACACGAGAGACUUCACAGUGACGACGACGGACCACAGGGAGACGCCAAGCCAGCUUACAUCCCGCACAGGCCUUUCAUCCAUUCUGGCUACCGUUCCUGCCGCACCGUCAAAGAAUGCUUCCGAAGCAUCAUCCAAUGGAACAACGAGACCCUCAACAUCUGGACCCAUCUCCUUGGUGCUGUCGUCUUCGUCGGUGUCCUAGCCUACGACACUACGGUGCGCUUCAAACAAUACAACAUUGCUGAUAUAACGGACAGGCUACUUAUCGUUAGCGUGCUUUGCGUUUACAUGGCUACGAUGCUAGUAUCAGUUGCCUACCAUACGUUCAACUGUCUUUCGCGCUCUGUGUACGAUGUGUUGCUCUGGUACGACUUCGCCGCUGUCGGCGCUAGCAUCGGUGUUACAGUUGCGUCGGGGUUGUACUUGGCGUUUUCCGGUCAUCCGUACCUGCAAGCUUUGUACCUUUCGAUAGAAGGAAUUAUUUUUAUCGCAGCUAUGCCCAAACUAACGACGGAUCCUUCCAGACAUCUAUGCGCUAUGAUUGUCUUCACUGUGAUACCGACCAUGCAUUGGUUCUACCUCUCGACACCCAGUAGUCACGUGCUGUUUCCGAGGAUUAUAGCGCUGUUUAUGUUUUCGGGAACUACGUACGUGAUAUUUGAGAAAAAAAUUCCGGAAAGCUCGUGGCCAGGGACCUUUGAUCACGUGGGUUCCAGUCACCAGAUAUGGCACGUCAUGGUCGUGGUGCUGACCAUGUGUUGGCAUGAGACUUCCUUGGAGUUUGUAAAGUGCAAUAUGAAACUUACAGAUGAAUAAUGCAAUAGGUUGGCGGCGCUCGUAAUUUCAAAUUUAUUGAGCCCAAAUCUUUAAUAGGCUGUAAUAAACUAAUAAAGUUUGGUGGCUGUGUAGCCGCCUUGAUGCAUAAACGCCUUUCUGUAUAAAUACUGCAGAUGGGCAAAUGUC